AUGCAAACCAAGAUACAUCCUGGAAGAAUCUUGAGGAAUCUUAUGGACACCAAGAGUGUGAUGUGUCCAGGAGCCUUCAACGGUCUUGUAGGCAGAAUCAUAGCUAGUCAGGGCUAUGAAAGUGCCUAUGUCUCAGGAGGUGCCAUUACAACUGCCUCUGGAGUGCCAGACAUUGGCCUUCUUCCUAUUGAUGGAUUCACAAAAAUAAUAUCUGAGGUAUGGCAUUCCUCAAAACUUCCUAUUAUUGCAGAUGCAGAUACAGGUUUUGGAGAAGGAGAAAUGGUAGCAAGGACUAUUUGGGAAUAUAACAAAGCAGGUGCAGCAGGCCUUCAUAUUGAAGACCAAGUAUUUCCUAAAAGAUGAGGUCAUCUUUCAGGAAAAUCUGUUGUCCCAGCAGAAGAAUUCUCAUCAAAAGUUAGAAUUGCUGCUGAAGCAAGAGACGAAUGCUCUGAUGGAAACUUUAUCAUCUGUGCACGUACUGAUGCAAAAUCAGUUGAAGGACUUGACUCAGCAGUUGAGAGAGCUAAGCUUUACAUAGACUCAGGAGCUGAUAUGAUCUUCCCUGAAGGUCUAAGCUCCUUAGAAGAGUUUGAACUAGUUAGUAAAGAACUAAAGAAAUACUCUCCUAGCACUUAUCUCUUAGCAAACAUGACAGAAUUUGGUAAAACUCCAAUCAUAGACUUCGAUGACUUUAGCAAAGUUGGAUAUGACAUAGUCAUCUAUCCUGUCUCUACUUUAAGAAUAGCUAUGAAGGCAGUAGAAGACUUCCUCUCUCAACUAAAACAAGACGGAAACGUCAAUGCAGGUUUAGACAACAUGCUCACAAGAGAUAAAUUAUAUGACCUCUGCAACUACAAGCCAGGAGAGGAAUGGAUAUACCCUAAUCCAACCAAAAAGAAGGGAGAAUAAUUCCUAGAAUCAUAAAAUUUCA